AAAGAAAGUUCAGUUUCAUUUCUUGUUCCUGAUUUCAGCGAUGGCGGCUGCUGAUCUGAGAGACGAGCUGAGCUGCUCCAUCUGCCUGAGCAUUUAUACUGAUCCGGUAUCCCUGCCCUGUGGCCAUAACUUCUGCCGGGGCUGCAUUGGGGAGGUGCUGGGUACCCAGGAGGGGUCUGGGGCUUAUUCCUGCCCUGAAUGCAGAGCUGAGUAUCAGGAGUACCCUGCCCUGUACAGGAACAGAGCUCUGGGGAACAUAGCAAAGCGAUUUCGUCCGACUGAGACAGAGCCGGGGGAGACUGGGAUUCCCUGCUCCUACUGUCUCCUCUCUCCUGUACCUGCUGCUAAAUCCUGUCUCCUGUGUGAGGCUUCUCUGUGUGAUACCCACCUGAGGGGGCACUGCCAGUCAGCAGAACAUGUACUCACUGAGCCCACCACUUCCUUUAUGGGGAGAAAAUGUUCUGUACACAAUGAGCCCCUAAAGUAUCACUGCUGUGAGGACUCUGCCUGUAUCUGUGCGUCCUGCUGCCUGGCCGGGGGGCACCGGGGCCACAGGGUGGAGCUGCUGAGUGAGGCCUCUGAGAAGAAGAAAGAGAAACUGAGGAAAGUUCUGGAGAAACUGAUCCCAGAGAGAGAGGAGACUGAGAGAGGAGCCCAGAGGUUGCAGGAGCGCAGGAGAGAAGGGGCAGCCGGUGAGACAGAGAGAGUCACUGCCCUGUUUAGGGGCAUCAGGGAAGAGCUGGAAGCCCUAGAGAAGCGACUCCUGAGUGACAUCUCCAGCGAAGAAAAGAUUGUUUCUAACAAUAUCAGUUAUCUGAUCCAGCAGCUGAAAAUAAAGAAGGACGAGCUGUCCAGGAAGAUCCGUCACAUUGAGGAGCUGUGCAACAUGGCAGAUCCACUCACUGUCCUACAGGAACAGGAAUCCCAUGGAGCUGCCUUUUGUGGGGCUGAGGGGGCAGAUACUGAGGGCAGAGAGAGAGAGGAUACUGAGGGGGCAGAUACUGAGGGCAGAGAGAGAGAGGGUAUAAAGGUCCCGGCUGUAGUGGAUCUGGAUGUGGGUCGGAUCUCAGGGACAUUACUCACAGGCUUAGCUGGGAUUGUGACUGGGGUAAAGGGAAGGAUCCAUGGGCAGGAGGCUACAGAGCUGGUACUGGAUAUAAACACGGCUGGGAAUCGUGUAUCUGUAUCAGGGGAUGGGAAAUCUGCUUCCUACUCACUUACAGACCAGCGUCGCCCACAAACCCCAGAGAGAUUUCAGGGGCCUCAGGCUUUAAGCACCAGGAGUUUCCCCUCAGGGCGACAUUACUGGGAAGUGAAGGGCAGUGAAUCAGGGUACUGGGGGGUAGGGGCGGCCUAUCCCAGUAUAGAGAGGGGAGGGGCUCAGUCUCUCAUUGGGAAUAAUAACAAGUCCUGGUGUUUGUAUAGAUGGGAUAAUAAUACCUAUACAGUGAGACAUGACAGGAAAGUCACACAGUUACCCCACGUCCCCCACAUUACCCCCUCCUGCGGGAGUAUCAGGAUCUCAUUGGAUUAUGAGGCCGGACACCUGUCCUUUUAUGAGCUGAGUGAGCCAAUCAGGCACUUACACACCUUCACUGCCUCCUUCACUGAGCCCCUUCAUGCUGCAUUCUGGGUAGAGGGGGAUGAUGCUUAUGAUUAUUAUGAUGAUGAUACUGAUGAUGAUGAUGAUGCCUGUGUGAGAAUCAUUAGUUAGGGCCCUGCCCAGGGAAUUUAUCAGAAAAUCUGCCUUCAGCCACUAAUUUCCUCAUUCCAAUAAUUCAAUAAUUCUUCAUUCCAUCCAUCAUUGUCCUCCUCUGUAUCUCUUUGUACCACCCCUUUCCUUCUCAGAGUGAUGCCCCCCUCUUGCCAGUGCUGGAUUUCUUAUCCUGCUGCGAGCCCCCACCCCUCCGUGAGUGCACUCAUGCACAUUUGAGCAAUAUUUUGCUGCAUUGAGGCGGCAUGCCACCCCUUAAUUUGUGCCCCCCCAUUCCCUGGCCUUUGUGGCCUUGCCACAAAUCCAUGCCUGCCUCUUGCACAUGUGCCAGUAAUUAUGCAGCUUGUGGGAACAUUUGGAAAUGUGCAUGUGUGUGUGUGUAUGUGUGUUAGCAGGAAUUAAGAUAUUUUUUAAACAUUCCCUGAAUUGGCUCUAUUCUAUUUUAUGCCCCAUGUGGAACCCUAAGAGUAAGACACCACUCGUUGGAUUGUCAGGCUGGGUAUAAGUGCAGUGCUUGGGAAAACUGUGCCUACACCCAAAAGCAUUGAAUAACCCUGGUGCUGGCACCCUCAGCCGAUAUCUGCCAAGUAAUGUAAGACUUGGGAUUAGUGGAUAUCGGCUGAGGGUGCCUGCGACGGGGGUUAUUCAGUUCUUUUGGGUGUAGGCACAAUCAAGAGGUUUUCCCAAGCACCCAAGCCUGCACUUAUACACAGCCUGACAAUCCCCCUUACUCUUAUGGUUCCACAUGGGGCAUUAAAGAGAAUAUAGCCAAUUCAGGGAAUGUUUAAAAAAUAUAUUUUUUAAACAUUUUCCUUUUUUGGGCAGCUUUGUAGAAGAGUUGUCAUGUCAGGGAUAACUAUAAUGAGCUCAUUAUUGGGAAAUAUUCCUUAUUGCCUCGUAUUUGUUUUUCUAAUUAACCCAACAGUGUCAGAUUGUGUCCCUUAAAUCUUCUUAAUUGAUUGUAAAUUCUACUAAGUGCUUUCAUAGGGACUAACAGAAAUCAGUGCAUUGCCUUUUCAUUCUAUAUUAAAUGAAUUCUUAUUAUUGUGGGAGUAGGUUCUGUACAUACCAUAGAUGGACAGACAAAUAGACAAUUAUUUUUGUUAAUGGAACUGUACAAUGCAAUCAUUCAGCAUUUCCCUAUCCAAAUCAAGUUUAUUAUUGGCCAUUAAAACAUUCUAAUCAUAUCACCCUUUCUUUUACAAAGAAGAUGCCUUAUUCUGGCCAGACUAGACAUCUGAUCCACACCUCCAAUGGGGUAUAAGGGUGAAGACACACAGAGCUACUAGUAGCAGCUACUUGUUGUUGUGUACAAAAAUAGACAAUGUUCAUCA